AUGGGCAACGUUCGGAAGGAAGCGAGGGUCCGCCUGCUCAAAGUACCCUCCUCCGUCGUCGAUUCGGCCGUUGAACCUCGCAUGUCGUCUCUGGUUGUCUAUUUGGACCACUUCAAAUACAUGUCGAUCCACGCCACCUCAGCCACCAGGUUGGCUUCUCCAGCGUCCUGUGAGCGAAUGCCACCAUCUGACAGCGCCCUCAUAGCUGACAACAGACUGGGUCGCUCUCUCACACCUGUGCAACAGCCGAAGCCCUUAAAAAAGGAGAAGCGUUUGCGGACCAUUGCGGACGACGGAAGCCCAUCCGCCGCUUGCACUUCGCUUCGAGAGCUGAUCAAGCUUCGGCAACACACAACAAGUUUGGUCGAAGUCACCUCUCUCCUGGCAACAGAUGCUUGA